GGGGAGGGCUGGGCGGCGCCCUCUCGCGCAAGGGGAACGCCUGAUGCCAGGAUGGGAUUUCCAGGGGACGGCCUUCGACGGGGCACACCGCCUCUUACGCCCGCAGCCUGGGGUUUCCCGGGAGCCUGGUUUUCAGCUCAGCAAGGUGUGUUUUGGUCUUCUGGAUGGCCCAGGUUGACGGAAAUUAUGUUCCAGAAUUUCAGAUUUCUGAGGAUGGGGAGAUCCCAAGGGGAACAAUCUUUUCAGGUGACGGGAUGGUGAACAAGGAAGCGGCAUUUCUUCCCAAUGCGGCAGCUGUGGAAAAUGCCCCCCGAACCCUUCAGAACAUCUGCCGGGUAAACCCCCCGCCGCUCAGGCGCCGCCGCAGGAGAUCGAAUGCGCCGGCCAUGGGGGGUUACAUCAAUGUCCUGGGCAUCUUAGAGGCCCCGCCGAGCUCUCCCCGGCGUGCGACUGAGAAGCCGUUCCACUGCACUGAUUGCGGCAAGAGCUUCUCUCAGAGCUCCAACUUGAUCGAGCACCAGAGGAUCCACACGGGGGAGCGCCCCUUCACGUGCAGCGAGUGCGAGAAGAGCUUCAGCCGCAGCAGCACCCUGGUGGAGCACCAGCGCACCCACACCGGCGAGAAGCCUUACACGUGCCUGGAGUGCGGGCGAGGCUUCAGCCGGAGCUCCACCCUAGUGGAGCACCAGCGCACCCACACCGGCGAGACGCCCUUCCCGUGCCGGGAGUGCGGGAAGGCCUUCAGCCGCACCUCCAACCUCAUGAAGCACCUGCGCACCCACUCCGGGGAGAAGCCCUACACCUGCGCCCUGUGCGGCAAGUGCUUCUCCCUGAGCUCCAACCUGCUGAAGCACGAGCGCACCCACUCUGGGGAGAAGCCCUUCCCCUGCGCCCUGUGUGGGAAGCGCUUCAAGAAGAAGACGCACCUGGUGUCUCAUCACCGGGUGCACACCGGCGAGAGGCCCUACCGCUGCGAGGAGUGCGGCAAGUGCUUCUCCCAGAGCUCCAUCCUGAUCGAGCACCAGCGCAUCCACACCGGGGAGAAGCCCUACAAGUGCGCAGACUGCGGGAAGGGCUUUUGCGUCAGCUCCAACCUCAUCAAGCACCAGAGGAUCCACACGGGCGAGAAGCCGUACACCUGCUCGGUCUGCGGCAAGGCCUUCCGCUAUAAGCCUCACUCUGUGCUCAUCGAGCACCAGAGGAUCCAUACUGGGGAGCGCCCCUUUGUGUGUAACGUGUGUGGGAAACGCUUCUCCCAAAGCUCCACCCUAAUGGGGCACCAGAGGAUCCACACCGGCGAGAAGCCCUUUGCCUGCCCCGAGUGUGGGCGGGGCUUCAGCCGGAGCUCCGCCCUGACGGAACACCAGCGCACCCACACCGGCGAGACGCCUUUCCCGUGCCGGGAGUGCGGGAAGGCCUUCAGCCGCACCUCCAACCUGGUGAAGCACCUGCGCACCCACUCCGGGGAGAAGCCCUACACCUGCACCCUCUGCGGAAAGCGCUUCUCCCUGAGCUCCAACCUGCUGAAGCAUGAGCGCACCCACUCCGGGGAGAAGCCCUUCCCCUGCCCGCUCUGCGGCAAGUGCUUCAAGAAGAAGACGCACCUGGUUUCCCACAAUCGGGUGCACACCGGGGAGCGGCCCUACCGCUGCGAAGAGUGCGGCAAGUGCUUCUCUCAGAGCUCCUCCCUCAUCGAGCACCAGCGCAUCCACACCGGGGAGAAACCCUACAAGUGUGCCCAGUGCGGACGAGGGUUCUACGUCAACUCCAAGCUGGUCAAGCACCAGAGGAUCCACACGGGCGAGAAACCAUACGCCUGCUCGGCUUGUGGGAAGACCUUCCGGUAUAAGCAGCAGUUCCCGCGCCAUGUGGCCCACGUCCACCCUGGGGAGGAACAGGUGUCUGUGCUCACUUUGGGCCCCGGUGUUAACAUGCUGCUCUCAUAGAGCUGGAACAGGCCCCUGGCCUUUGGGGCUUCACGUCCUCUGGCUUCCAUUGAAAGGCAUCCUGCAGUGCCAGAUAUGGUAACUCUGUAGCCUGUCCAGUCUAGCCUCUCAUUACUAAGUUGUGAAGCGGUUCCUGGGACCUCCAAGGGUCAUUCUAGUGGCAUAAAGACAGUCAGUGGCUCACAAGACUUGUUCCAUCCUCCCGUAGAGGAGCUGUUUCCUGAAAUGACAAGGGUGAGCAUUCAUGGCUUGUCAUUGGGAAAGGGGCUAAAGAAAUCGAGGCCACUUUGCUUCAGCAGGGUCCCAGACUAGUGUACAUAUGCAGUAGUAGCACCAAGGACAGCAGCAACCUGAGAUCUUGUUUCAGAGGGAAAUGUUGACCACUGCAGUGAUUCCGUUACUGCCCAUGCAUUGUUUUUUGAGGCGUAUGGAACUCAAAACAGUUUGCUACUGAUACUGUGCCUUUCCGUUCCGUGAGGGUAUUCCUGGUAUCCGCCAGCAGCUCCCUUGCAGUAUUUGUCCUUUCCAUCUUGGUUUGAGGAAAGGCCAAAGGAUUUCGCGAGGGCCUCUUUUCCUCCUUUUCCUUCUUAGUUUGCAGUAUUGCCGAAUAAGUUAGGCAAGUGUGUAUUUCCUAGGCCUUGUUUCAUUUCUCAAGGAAAGGCAAAAUCAUAGUGUGCAGUUCUUUACCGUGUUAUCUAAAAGACAGCCAGUUAAUCUUUUGAGGACUUUUUUUCCAUCAGUGUUGUGAAGGUCAUUCUGAGAAUGCAUUUCUGUUAUCAAA